AUGGAUACCUUUGAGUCGAUUCUUCAGGGGCUUUGGAAGGCUCGACCUCCAGGUGUUUCGGGUUCUAAGAUUCAUUUAUUAACGCAGAUUGCAGUACAGCAUGUUAAGGACGGAGGAAGAAUGGCUAUGCUUUUGUAUAAACACUUUAAAAAGACACCAGGAAGUCAUAAAUUGGGUGUUUUAUAUGUUUUAGAUUCAGUUGCUCGUGCAUAUCAGGAUUUGGCAGAAGAGAAUGAAGCAGUAGAGGAUGGGACGUUUUCAGGGGGGCUACAACAGUUGACGGUGUUGUUGGAGAGUUUAAUGAAUGAUAUGAUGUUCUAUGCUCCAGCAGAGCAUAAGGAAAAAGUCCGGAAAUUAGUUGAUAUUUGGGAGAGGGCGGCUACGUUUCCUUCAGAAUUGCUUGUAAAAUUAAGAUCAGUACAUUUUUCUGAUGAAAAAGAUCGAGAAAAAUCGAUAAAUCAAGAGGAUCGUAAAAAAGAAAUAAAACAAGUAGACGGAUUGGCUUUUUCGGAUAAGAAAUCGCCUGAAAAAACAAAAAGUUCUGAAGAUUCUAGUUCUAUAAAUCAGUCGGCAUCAUCUACGUCUUCGUCAUCUUUAAUUCUAGAGGCAAUUCUUCAAAUGGCGCAGAAAAUGCAAGCAACACAGACGGUACAGACUGCAGAAACAACAUGGAAUUCUUUUCAGCAUAGAAUGAGUGUUGGGGGGGUGCCAAUGACAGGUCUUGAAAAUUCAGCGUCUUUUGGGGCAUCUUCUAGUACAUUAUCUAGUGGUUCUUGUGGUUUAGGAGUAACUUCUACUAUGCCUAAUGAUUUUCACCCUUCAUCAUCUGUUCUUUCUUCUAAUUCUAAUGCAUCCAAUACUCCUGUUGCAUCUAGUAUGGCAUCAUCUUUAUCAUUAUCGGAUCCUCGUAAUAUGUAUCGUUCAGUUUUGCCCUUUUCAGUACCUACACAUGGCAAUAUAUCAUCCUUACAACCGUCUUCGGAUGUUGUCCAGGCUCAGCAAAGAGCACUGCUUCAAUUGCUUGAGCAACAGGGUGUUUCUGCAACUCAAAUCCAAUCAAUUAUUCAAUAUGUACAGUCGUUACCUCCAAAUGAUACUUCUACAGGACUUCUUCCUCUUAAUAAUGUUCAUCCAUCACUUCAAGCUGUUGAACAUUCCCAGCAAUUGCCAAAAGAUAUACAAACAGCAGCGCAACAUUCAUCAAUACUUAGUUCUCAUGCUUUAUCACUUCAUCAAUAUCCAACAGGAGGAAGAAAUGUUUCAACGGAAAUACCUAGUACGACAUUACCUCGGUCUUCGACUGAUUCUCAAGCCUCAAUUCGUUCAAGAUCGCCUUUGAAACGAAAAGGUUCUAAAGAACAUCUUUCAACUAUAAAUCGAUCAAGAGACCCUACAAAGUUAAAGUCUUUCUCUCGAAAGCGUAAUGAACGUAGUCUAAGCCCUUCUGAAAAAUGUCAUUUGCCACUAAAAACAAUGCCUUCUGAGUCUUUAUCUUCUCUACCCUCAAAAUUGUAUAUUCGUGACCCAUCAGUCCCUGAAGAUGCAGUUAAAGUUUUAAGUAGAACAUUAUUUGUUGGAGGUGUUUCGCAAAGUAUUACCCAGGAAGAAUUACUGCGUAUGUUUUCCUGUUAUGGUGAUGUUCAAAGCUGUAUUGUUAAUUAUGCUGCUCGGCAUGCAUUCAUUAAAAUGUAUAAACGCAAGGAUGCAGAGGCUGCUUGUGCAGGCCUAGAAACUGUUACUUACGGUGACACAAUUAUUAGAACAAAAUGGGGUGUUGGUUUUGGGCCAAGGGAUUGUAGUAAUUAUACAACAGGCAUAAGUUUAAUUCCAUUACGGCGUUUAACUGAGGCGGAUCGGCGUUGGUGUAUUUCUGCUGGCUGGGGAGGGACAGGAGGACGACUGUUGGAAGGUGGUUUUGUUAUGGAAGAGCCCGAUAUUGAAAUUGGCGCAGGCGUCAGUUCAAAACUAAUAAGUCGGAGGCUUCCUCUAGGUAGAUCAGAGCAAAAGAAUGAUGGGAAUCGUUUGUCAAUCCCUUCAAUGCCUUCUCAAGCAGUACAGCCACAACCGUCAUCAACACUUGUUUCCCCGUGGAUAGGUGCUAUUCGGGAAAAUGCUGCAUCCAAGAUUUCACAAUAAGAUUUUAGGUGCUUUAAAUUUGUAGAUUCUUUGGAUAAUUUGG